CUCGGCCCUACAGCCUUCCGGAAAUACACUCGUUGUCUAACAUGUGUUUACUUACUUACACAGCAAUGGCUGUCUAACUUCAUAAUCAUACAAUUCUGCUAAAGGGUUGGAUUACGUAAACCAAAAAAUGACUUCAAACAGUCGAGAGGACGAGAUUUCUGAAGCACAUUCUGCGAUCAAAGAGGAACUCAACAAGAAGAUAAAGGAGCAGAAGAUUGUCGUAGAUGAGCUCUCAAAUCUGAAGAAAAAUAGGAAAGUCUACGUGCAACAACGCAACAGCAACAUUUUCUUCCUGGCUGACAAAGGACAGAUGCUUGGAACAAAUAAAAAGGAAUUGGACAUCUUGAAAAAGGAGCUGCAAGAUAUGUAAGCCCUAUCAAAUCUUCACCUGCACCAUGUGUGGCAUCUUCUGUCUGCUGAGCUUCUCCCCCGUUGAGUCUCCCACCGACCAAUGGCUUCACCAAAACCUGAGCAGGCGAGGGCCCGACUCAACCCAGGACCUGACCGUGACCCACGCACACCCCUUCUAUCGAUGUCUGUUCUCCGCACACGUGCUCCACAUGCGGGGCGCCCUUACCCCUCAGCCGGAGCGAGACGCCGCUGGGAACGUACUUCUGUGGAACGGGGAGAUCUUCAGCGGUAUCGCAGUGGCGCCGGAGGAGAACGACACUCGCGUAAUGACGCGUCAGCUCUCCUCGUGCGAUACCCCUGCCGAGCUUCUCUCAGUGGUCUCACGCGUGCGGGGGCCCUGGGCAUUUGCCUACUACCAG